UUUCCCUUGUCAUUGAUGCGUAGUUUCCCCAUUUUUAUGUCAUUUUCAACGCAAAUUUGGAUUCGCAGUGGAUUUCGUUGCAGUUUUCUUCUUCUACAAGAACAAUUCUACAGUUCAUAUUGAUGAACAUCUUCUCCGCUCUGUAAAUUUCUCGCUUUCGGACUGAUUUCUUAUAGCUCUUUUUCUCAUCAUAAUGGAUCUCAACGAUCUUAAUAAGGUUUGGGAAAUCAAACCUUUGAAGAAGAUUGGGGAAGAUGAUGCUCGAAAAGUUCUUGAGAAAAUAGCUAAACAGGUGCAACCUAUCAUGCGCAAACGCAAAUGGAAAGUGGAAACUCUUUCUGAGUUCUAUCCUGCCAAUCCAGGUCUCAUGGGGGUGAACAUAGGGGGAGGUCAGGAAAUCAAACUUAGAAUUCGGAGACCGAAUAACGAGUGGGAUUUCUUCCCUUAUGAGCAAAUUCUUGACACAAUGCUCCAUGAGCUUUGCCACAUUGUACAUGGUCCUCACAAUGCUGAUUUCUACAGCCUUCUAGAUGAACUCAGAAAGGAAUGUGAAGAACUUAUGUGUAAAGGUAUCACGCGCACCGGGCAAGGAUUCGAUCUUCAUGGGAGACGUUUGGGUGGGAUCUCUCAGCAACCACCUUUAUCAUCCCUCCGGCAAACUACCUUAGCUGCUGCUGAAAAUCGAGCCCGAGGCGGCCCAUCAGGACCUAAGCGUUUAGGUGGUGACAGCAACAUCAAGGCAGUGCUUAGUCCGAUACAAGCAGCUGCCAUGGCAGCUGAAAGAAGAUUGAAAGAUGAUUUGUGGUGUGGGUCCAAGUCUUUAGAGAACAAUUCAGGUAGAGCAAAGAACUUGGGUUCCUCCACAGGAUCCUCCCAAACUACCUCAAAUGCUUCCGCACCACCUGUUAUAUCCCAAAUUCCAUCUGCUACUUCUUCCUUUCCUCAUCAGGAAGCCAUGGAUGAUAUGGAGAAUUGGCAGUGCAGUGCAUGUACCCUUCUAAAUCGGCCAUUGGCUCUGAUUUGUGAAGCUUGUGGGAACCGUAAGAACAGAAACAACACAAAGACGUGGGGCUGCAAGUUUUGUACGUUCAACAACAGUGCUGAUACAGAUAGAUGCUUAGCUUGUGGGGAAUGGAGAUACUCGUAUGGCCCUCCCAUCUCCACACGUGGCCCUUUUGUUGGCACGUGAGAAUAAAUCAUCUGCCCAUUCUUACAUUAUUGCUACAGGUACAUAAUUUAAUAUCUUAUCAUAUACCAAGUGAUGUAUCUAACUUAAAAGAACUUAGAAGCUGAAAUAGAAAUUGCAAA